GGAGCGCCGAGGCUCACGCUGUCAGCAUGUCUCUGAUUCCGCCACAGGUGAACAUUCCGUGGAGGAACAACAACUUCACCCUGACCAGCAAAGACCCUCCGCUUUCCGACCAGGGCGAGACCAUUAUAGGAGUUUACCUGCUGCUGCUGGGUUGGCUGUCAUGGUUUGGAAACAGCAUUGUGAUCUUCAUCCUCUUUAAGCAGAGGACAUCUCUGCAGCCCACAGAUUACCUCACUCUAAACCUGGCCAUAUCUGACGCCAGCAUAUCCGUGUUUGGAUACUCACGCGGGAUCCUCGAAAUCUUCAAUGUGUUUCGGGACAACGGCUACCUCAUCACAUCCGUGUGGACCUGCCAGGUUGAUGGCUUCUUUACACUGCUCUUUGGCCUGGGCAGUAUCAACACGUUAACCACCAUUAGCAUCACCCGAUACAUCAAGGGAUGCCACCCAAGCAAAGCACACUGUAUAACGAAUGCCACUAUAGGUAUAUGUAUCAUAUUCAUAUGGUUUGGAGCUGUAUUCUGGUCUGGGGCACCGCUGCUGGGCUGGGGAAGUUACACAGAUCGAGGGUAUGGUACGUGUGAGAUUGACUGGGCUAAAGCAAAUUACUCCACUAUUCACAAAUCCUACAUCAUCACCAUCCUCAUCUUCUGUUUCGUCGUCCCUGUGCUGGUCAUGCUCUUCUCCUACGUGUCCAUCAUCAACACGGUGAAGAGAGGAAACGCCAUGUCUGCAGAGGGCGACCUGACAGACAGACAGAGGAAGAUUGAGAGGGACGUCACCAUUGUGUCUAUAGUAAUUUGCACCGCUUUCAUCCUGGCUUGGUCACCGUAUGCUGUAGUUUCCAUGUGGUCAGCCUGGGGCUUUCAUGUUCCCAGCCUGACUAGCAUCUUCACCCGCCUCUUCGCCAAGUCGGCCAGCUUCUACAACCCCCUCAUAUACUUCGGCCUCAGCUCCAAAUUCCGCAAGGACGUGAGCAUUCUGUUGCCCUGUGCCAGAGAGGGCAAAGAUGGAGUCCGGCUCAAACGCUACAAACACAUCAAGGGGAAAGGAGACGGGCCAUCCCCGGAUGUUCUGCGCCACAGGCCUAGAGUUGAGGGAGAGGAGAGGCAUGGUCCAGCCCACCAAAACAUGGAAAAGAAGCCCCAGCCUGGUAGAGAACCACCCAACCCUGCCCCCAGCCCUGACUCCGGGGUGGGAAGCCGCCCCCCGACACCUCCACCUGCCAAUCAGGAGGUGUUCUUCAUUGAGGUGCCCCAGGCAUCCGACACUUCAGAGUAUGAGUGUGACAGACUGUAGGAUGCUUGUUUCAUUUGUAAUUUUCUUUUUCCAGGUUUUAUAUGAACAAUAAUUGGAUUUUCCCAGACAAAAAUGAAUUACUUGAGAUGUAGAUCAGAAAGGAUAUUUUUGUAUGAGAUGUCUGUAAGCAUUAAAAUGUGAAAAUAAAGGUUCUAUUCCAGGUUUA